AAAUCCAGUCUCCAAGUCGUAAGCCCAUGUUUCUCUCGAUCUUUCUUGAUCUUUGUUUCUAGCAACCUCAAUUUCUUCAAUCAUCUCGACCUCCACUAGAUCACCUUCCACUCUUCUCCAGAUUUCCAACUACCAUCACCUCUUGAAUGCUCUAUCAUCUCAAAACCAUUAAUGCACCAACACUUUUCGAUUCUUCACUAUUAUUUUCUCCUCAAUUUUCUUCGCCUUUUCUACUUUCCUUGAGAUUCUCUUUGUUAUCAUCAUCUUGUUCAUAUCCUGGUAGAUGUUGAAAUGGAGAUUCGAUGACAUUAAGUAGCUCUUACCUACCAUCUAGCGUUGCCAAUAACCCUAAUUCUACGCCCAUCGAUGCAAGGUGAUCUCUAACGUGUUCUCUAGUCUCCUUGUUCGUCUCCAAAUCUAGUGCGCUUUCGAGGCUUGUUUUCCUUCUUGAACCUUUGACUCUUGGAUUAGCUAUUUUGAGAACCUAAAUUUGGGGUUAAGAACCCACCAAAUUGAGGUCGAACAGAGGAGCUUAAAAAGAAACUUCAGAGGUUUAAUUUUGUUUCUUGGGAUUUUGAUUUUUGGUUUUCCUUCCAUGGAUUCUUGUAAAGAUCACCAACAAGAACGGGAGUCCAAGUGUUUGCGGGUUAAUGGGCCUAUCAUUGUAGGUGCAGGGCCGUCGGGUCUGGCGGCGGCCGCUUGUCUUACUCAACAGGGGGUGCCUUCCCUUGUUCUUGAAAGAUCCGACUGCGUAGCUUCUCUCUGGCAGCACCGUACCUAUGAUCGUCUCAAGCUCCAUCUCCCCAAGAAAUUUUGCCAACUUCCUCUUUUGGGUUUCCCGGAGGAUUUUCCCGAAUACCCAACCAAGCAACAGUUCAUCUCUUACAUGGAGUCCUACGCUGCGCAUUUCUCAAUCCGGCCCCGGUUCAACCAAGCUGUUCAAACGGCGGAGUUCGAUUCUGGGUCUGGGUUCUGGAGGGUGAAAACUCAGGAUUCUGAGUACAUUUCUUGGUGGCUCAUCGUUGCCACAGGAGAAAAUGCUGAGCCUGUGAAAUCGGACGUUCCGGGUAUAGCCAAGUUCCACGGCCCUGUUGUGCAUACCAGUGCUUAUAAGUCUGGUUCCGAGUUCAAAAACCAGAAAGUUCUCGUCGUUGGAUGUGGAAAUUCCGGGAUGGAAGUCAGCUUGGACCUCUGCCGUCACAAUGCAAUCCCUCACAUGGUUGUUAGAAACACAGUGCAUGUAUUGCCUCGAGAGAUGUUCGGUUUCUCAACAUUCGGAAUAGCCAUGGCUCUGCUCGGGUGGUUUUCCCUACGGCUAGUAGACAAGUUCCUGCUUCUAAUGGCAAACUUGACCUUAGGCAACACAGACCAUUUAGGCCUCCGGCGACCCAAAACCGGUCCAAUUGAGCUCAAAAACGUCACUGGAAAGACUCCAGUGCUCGAUGUCGGAGCACUUUCACAAAUAAAAUCCGGUAAAAUCAAGGUAAUGAAAGGGGUGAAGGAGAUAACAAGAAAUGGAGCAAAGUUCAUGGAUGGACAAGAGAAGCGGUUCGAUUCCAUAAUCUUAGCAACUGGGUAUAAGAGUAAUGUGCCCACUUGGCUCAAGGGAUGCGAUUUUUUCACCGAGGACGGGAUGCCAAAAACGCCGUUUCCUAACGGUUGGAAAGUGGAGAACGGACUGUAUACGGUUGGGUUUACGAGAAGAGGACUCCUAGGGACGGCGUCUGAUGCCGUUAAGAUAGCUCGAGACGUUGCAGAGCAGUGGAGGACAAUUAAGAACAGCAAGACUAGUUGAAAUUCCAAUGUUACCCUCGUGCAACGAUGAUUCACUGAAAUUCGGAAUUAACCCUGCCAAUUUUUGAUCUAACCCGUUAACUCGCCUGUUGUCUGUUGUGUCAGUUAAAGCCAGUUAAGGUCUGUCAUUUUUGAUCCGUAACUCGUUAAUGAUCCAUUAAUAGAAUUAAACCCGUUUAUGGAUACCUUGUAGGUUAUGGCUCAAUAACGAGUUUAUUCAGCGAGUUAACAGGGUAACCCGUUGGCCCCUCUAUUUAAUUUUAAAAGUUUUAUUUAUUUUAUUUCCCAUUUUUCACUCUUCCUCUUCUAGACUCCAUUCUCUAAUUUCUCUAUCGUCGUAACAAAUCUUAGUCACUAGUCAGCCACAACCAUGACCCCGCGACCUUUCCUUCCUCUAAUUUGUCUCUGAUCAUACAAGAUCUAUUCCACCGUUGGUCCGUCGAACCAUCAUUCCUGUCUCUCAAUCCUUCUCCCUUUGCUUCCUCAAUUUUACUUUUUCUAUUUUAAAUCCUGAUGGGGUUGUAAUGUGUUUAAUAUGAUGUAAAUAAUUCGGCUAAUAUGGCACAUACAAUCUAGAUUUCGUUUUCCUUUGAGAUCUUCUCAAGUCUGAAAAUUUUGCAG